ACCCGAGCGCGGGGCUCGCGCCUGGUGGGCGACACUCUCCGAGCCUUGGAAGGCAAGGAGGAGGGCGGUAGCUGAUACAGAAGCAGAAGUAGUGGCCACGGUAUCGUUCUGGGCGCGCCUGCAGGAGUAGGGUGACCAGGACCACUUCCGGCAAGGAUCAGGGGAAGCCGUGCAUUUUACAGGCAUAAGAUGGCUAAGGAAAGGUGCCUAAAAAAGUCCUUUCAAGAUAGUCUUGAAGACAUAAAGAAGCGAAUGAAAGAGAAAAGAAAUAAAAAUUUGGCAGAGAUUGGCAAACGCAAGUCUUUUAUAGCUGCACCAAGCCAAAUAAUCACCAAUACUUCUACACUGCUGAAAAAUUACCAAGACAACAACAGAAUGUUAGUUUUAGCUUUGGAAAAUGAAAAAUCCAAAGUGAGAGAAGCCCAAGAUAUCAUCCUACAGCUGCGAAAAGAAUGCUACUACCUUGCAUGUCAGCUACACGCAUUGAAAGAAAAAUUUAAUUCACGACAAACAGAAGAGGCUACUCAGAAUCAAGAAAAAUGUCCCUCAGGAAUGGACUCCAAUAAUGAUGACAAUUCCAGGAAUUUAUUUAUGAAGGAUUUACCGCAAGUUCCUCUUGAAGAUACUGACCAUUCAAGACAAAGAGAAUCAUUUCAAAUAGAAGAGUAUGUACCCAUUAUUUCUCAAGACACACUGGGAUUUGAUUUUGACUCAGGUGAAGCCAAAUCUACUGAUGUCUUGCCUAGAACUGUAUCUCUCCGCCGUGGCAGUUUAAAGAAACAUUGUAACAGCAGUCCAUGUCAGUUUGAUAUCUUGGAUGAUUUUGAUACCAGUCAUUUGGUGGGGCAGUCUUUUGAAUUGGAAAGAAUUAGAUUUGUAGACCCACCGGCAAACAUGCACACACCUGCAAAUGUAGAACAGAAUGUUUGUCAGUGGAAGAAGGACCACAUUAAUUUAUCACCGAAGCUGAUCCACCCAGGAAUGUUUACUAAAACAAAAGAAGUUAUGUUAGAAUCUAAAUCUGAACAACCUAAAAGUAAGCAUAGAGCUGUACAAGGAAGAAAAAGAGAAGAGAAGAGAAAAGCUAACAGAAGGAGAAAACUACGAUCUAUAUCAAAAUGUAAAAAGAACAAAAGUGAAAAUAAAAAAACUAUUUCCAAAAAAACAUUGGAUGAAUCUGUCAGUUCUGGUGAUGCUUACAAUUUUAAUUUGGAAGAGCGUGUUCAUCUCACUCCUUUCCGACAAAAAAACACUGAUUCUGAUAGAGAAGAAAACGACAGUAAGUCUGAUGUGAGCAUUUGUGAAUCAAGUAGUUCAGGAGAUGAUUCUGGUGACCUCUAUUUGCCUACUUGCAAGUACAUUCAAAAUCUUGCCAGUGAUUCAGAUAGGAAACCAGUCACUAGGCCUCGAUCUAAAAGAGCACUAAAACAUACAGAUGAAAAAGAGAGAGAGGAUUCUGAGCCAACGAAAACUCCUACCAGUACACCACCUGAAACUCAACAGCCACCUCAUCUUAGCCUGAAAGAUAUCACCAAUAUUCCCUUGUAUCCUGAAGUUAAAAUCAGGAGAUUUUCUCUUUCUCCAAACAAAAAUAAAGGAAGCCCAGCAGAGUCUCUUCCUAAGCGUAGAUGCACAGCCCACGUGAACUAUAAGGAACCCACUCUUGCUUCGAAACUGAGAAGAGGAGACCCUUUCACAGAUUUGUGUUUCUUGAAUUCUCCUAUUUUCAAACAGAAAAGGGAUCUGAGAUGUCGUUCCAAAAAGAGUACGAAGCAAAUACGAUGAAGCUUUUGUUGCAUACUGUUUAAAUUCAUCCUAUACUUUUUUUUAUUGCUCCAAGAAAAAAAUCUGUAAGACAGUACAGAAGUGGGUUGAACUAUUGCCAUAGAAUAUUCUCUUAAUAGGACUCUAAAUCAGCUCAGCGCUUGUAGCAUAGUGGCUAUGGCACCGGCCACAUACACUGAGGCUGACGGGUUCCAACCUGGCCCUGGCCAGCUAAACAGUAAUGACAACUGCAACAAAAAAUAGCCAGGCGUUGUGGUGGGCGCCUGUAGUUCCAGCUACUUGGGAGGCUGAGGCAAGAGAGUCACUUAAGCCCAAGAGUUGGAGGUUGCUGUGAGCUGUGAUGCCAUGGCACUCUCCUGAGGGCAACAUAGUGAAACUCUGUCUCAGAAAGAAAAAAAAAAAUAGGACUCUAAAUCAUUUCUUCAAAACUGUAGUUCAAAUGUGAUAUUUUAUCUUCAAGCUUUAACAAACUUAAUUUAUUUUUCCUUUGAAUAAACAACUGGACUUAAGCACUAUAAUUGUUUAGAUUGCCUAUGCUGCCUAAACCCCUUAAGUUUAGACUAAAUGUAUGUUAUACCAACAUUUUGGAAAUUAGUAAUGAGUGCUCAAAUUAUGAUAUUUUAGUUUUAAGCUUCUGGCAUCUUUAUUUUCCCCUUAAGAUACUAGAGUGACUGAUUUUUCCAAGACAGGCUGAGGAUCUUUUGAAACAAUAUAGUAUUUGAGUAAAAUAUAUCCUUGACAUUCACAAUUGGGUAUGCCCCAAGUUGUUUGUCAAUUCCUUAUACCACUGUUAUAUUUAAUUUUUUAGAUGAAAUUGGUAUGGCAUCGUGAUUAGAGAAAUUAAUGAUUGUUUAGGCUUGGGGACUAGGUAAGUGACUCCAGGCACUAAGUAUAUGUUGUUCAAAGUGCUGCCUUGUAAAAUCAUAAAUGUCAUGGUCUUUUGGGAUAGCUUCUUAUUUAGUCAAAAUCUCAAGUGUUAAAUGUGUGAAUACUAAAGACUUUUCUGUAUUUUUGAUCAACCAAUGAGAGAAUUAGUUUAGUUUAGAAAGUUUGACAUCUACACUUGUAUAUCUCUUUUAAAAAACACUGUAGAUUUUCCUUUUUUUUUUUUUCUUUUUUUGAGACAGCCCCUCUAGCUGUUGCCUUGGGUAGAGUGCGGUGGCAUCAUAGCUCACAGCAACCUCCAACCCCUGGGCUCAAGCAAUUCUCCUGCCUCAAUUUUCCACUUUUAAAAAGCAAUAAAGUUUGCAUAAGAUAGUGACUGUGUUUUCCUUUUGCUCUUUAAAUGUCAGAGAUAAAAUAUCUAUCUUGUUGUCUUACUUUCUACCCUUCUCUAUUUUAUCUUCGAACAAUUUCUUUCCCAUCUCCUUCUUUAAGUCAUUGCCGUGAAACUCUCAUCUUUGCUACUGUCCUUUCAACCUAACACCUCUCUUCCAGCUUUUCAUUCUGUGGUCUUCCAAUCUGUGGCCAACAAAUUCUGGUUUUGUUGACUGACUCAUCCAAUCCUGAUCUCAAGUUUUCUUGGUUGCAUCUCCAUAUCAUUGUAUAUUCUCUAUCAGUCACACCCAAAAUUCUUUUCAUCACCCCUAAUUUUUCUAUUUUCUGAAUCAUUGAUUUAUACAUCCUUCUCUCCCACCACAGACUCACUCUUUCAGUUUGUUUCUCUGCCUCUUGUACAUAUUCUGUAAAUUCAUGGAAAUGCUACAGUGACUAAGAGUAUGUACAAUUAAAAAUUCAAUUUCUUAGUCCCACAAUUGCUCAGUAGACACGUGGCCAGUGGUUAUGAUAUUGUAAUGGACACUUGGGGAAAAGUAGAACAUUCCAUCCAUCAUCACAGAAAAUUCAAUUGACUAUAACCCAUGGGCCAAAUCCAGCACACUGUUUUUGGAUGGUUGCAAGGUAAGAAUGGUUUUCACAUUUUUUAAUAGUUGGAAAAAAUCAAACACUUGGAAUCAAUUUUGAAAGGGAGCGCUAACUUUGAAUCCCAAUAAAAAACCUAAAUAAUAUUUUGCCUCUUGACCUGCAGAGCCUAAAAUAAUGACUUUCUGGCUCUUUACCAAAAUGUUUGCCAACUCCUGCUCGAGGCCAUUGACUGCCUCUCCUUUUGCUUUAAAGAUCAUUCUGUCUUCAUUAGUAUAGUGGUGAGUAAAAAAUAAAAAUAAAGAUCAUUCUGUUCUGAUAUUUUCUGAUCUAGCUUUGAUCUUUUAUCUUCCUUUCGCCCUCAAAGUCCUGCAUUAUCCUAGUAAAAACCAUGUUUGUGUACUUCUAAUGUUUCUAUAUUCUUGCUAUAGACUGUUAAGUAUUGUUUAUCUGUAGACUAACCAUUGUUUUAUGUCUUAACAUUUUAUAUGAAUGUUAUAUUGUACAUAUCCUUUUAUAACUAACUCUUCACAUUGUUUUUGAGAUUUAUCCAUGUUGAUAGACGGAGAUUAUUUUCAUUGUUGUAUUUUUUCAUUAUAUGAAUAAACCAGACUUAAUUUUUCUGAGAGACAGUUUGUUUCCACUUUUUUAUUAUUUGCAAAUUAGUGAUGCAGAGAAUAUUCUGCAUCCUUGUAUACAUGUACUUAUGUUUCUAUAUAGAGUUGGUACCUUAAAGUGGAGUUGCUCAGUCCAAAAGAACAAUGAACUCUGACUUUUACUAUGUGUUCGCAAUUGCUCUCUACAGUGGCUGCACCAAUUCCUCUGUUAUAAGAAGUAUAUCACUUUCCAUUUCUUCCUCCCUGAAUCAUUAUGUCUUUUGCCUACUUCUGGAAUGUCUUUUUCUUUAUAAAACUAUACGGUUUUUUAUGUAUUCUACAUAUAUAAGUGUCUUUCCUCAACUUCUGCCUUUUUAUAACCUUGCUUAUAACCUUUUGAUAUUUAAGAGUUUUAAAUAUUAGUAUAUGCUACCACUUUUUUCCUUAAGGCUUUGUCUAAAAUUUGUAUAGUUUUGCUUUCUAUUUUAGGAUGUUAAAUCAUAUGCAUUUAUUUAGGUGACUAGAGAGCUAAUUUUAUUUUUUUCCAUGAGAUUAACCAGUUAUCCCAGCACAAUUCAUUGAUUACUUUCUCCUUCCCCCACUGUUGAAUAUUUCCCUCCUUGUCAUAUACAAUUCUUUCUACUGGUUUAUUUAUUUAGCUUCAUACUGGGUACUGACUAGACCCAAUUAGGGAGUACACAGUGGUGUGGGGAGUAAUAUAAAACUUAGCAUUUUUAUUUCAGUAGCAUUAAGAAUAUUCAACAUUAUUGUGCAAUCAUUACCACUAUCCAUUUCCAGAUUUUUUCAUCAUCUUAAACUGAAAUUCUAUCCCCCGAUGCCCUGUUAAUCAUUAUUAUACUCUCUAUCUCUAUGAAUUUGACUAUUUCAAGUACCUCACAGAAAUGGAAUCAUAUAGUAUUUGUCCUUCCUAUCUGGCUUAUUUCACUUAGCGUAGUAUCUUCAAGGUUCAUUUGUGUCUUAUCAGUUAUCAGAAUUUUAUUCCUU